AGGAAUUUUCUUGGAACUUUGACGACGUGACCAGAGAGCUAUGAUAUGGGGCAAGGAGAUAACACCGACCUUACGUUGACCUCCCGGUCGAUGUUUGUUACUGUAGUUCUUGGUUUGCAUUUGUUCCACGCGAGUCUCAUUGCAGUCUGCUUCACAGCUUGCAGGCGACGAGCUGUGUGUUUAUUUCUCGGUGAACCACCAACAUCAUAGGACGUACCACUUCCUUACACAACAGGCACAAUGAAGACUACGAGAUCAUUAUUCAUUAUUGGUCUUAUUUUUUUCGUUAGUGUUGAAUGCAGGUCCAUUGAAGACACUCAGGGUGACCAGGAAGUUCAAGUACCUGACGACAAACCGCUGAGUGAUUUGGCGUUACACAAUUUUUUUACUUAUCUCGUGGAAGAGAAAGAGCGGCUGGAAGAUGAACUGAAUAAGUUGCGACAGUUGGUUGUGGAGACGAGGGGCGUGUCGCUAACCAACAUAAGUGACCUUGAAGCCGAGUUCAACAACUCCGUUAUUCUCGUUGAAACAUGGAAGAAAGAGUUGAAAACCGAGAUAGCUAAUAAUAGUAUGAAGAUUGAAGAGCUGACGAACACGACACUUCAAAACCUGUUCAAAAGUUUUAUGCAGGCGCGAGAGCUUGAGGCGCAACUGAACCACACCCGGCAGGAAGCGGAGAGGCUGAGAGCCAGCGGAGAACUAUGCGAGUCAAAGGUGGAACCGCUGAGAAGCACGGUCGAGGAGCUAAAAGAGAAGAUGAAACAACUCAAGGUCGACGUAAUUAAGAAACUGGUGACGUCGUACAACAGGCAGCGCGUGUGGCGCUCCCUGCGGACGGGCCUCGAGGCCGUGCUGGAAGCAGGCACCGCCGCGCACGCCCAGCUCCAGCGCCUGGGCUACGACCAGACGGGCCCUCUGGUCGCCGUCGGCAAGUCCACCGAGUACAACGACCUGCUCGCGCUCCUGCUGGAGCACGGGCUGGACCCGGACGUCGCGGCGGACUCCAGCGACUGGACCAUGCUGCACCACGCCGCCUACUCCAACACGGUGGUCACGGCGAGGCUGCUGCUGCGGCACGGCGCCCACACGGAGAUGAGGAACGACAACAAGCGCACGCCGCUGGUGCAGACGGCGUGGGACAACCGUCUGGCGGGGCUCAAGCUGCUGGUGGACCACGGCGCGUACGUGAGCAGCGCGGACAAGUCGGGCCGCACGGCGCUGCACUACACGGCCGUCUACAACUACCUGGAGGCGGCGAAGUACCUGGUGGCCCACGGCGCGCUCACCGCCGCCAAGGACAGCGACGGCAAGACGGCCAGGCAGCUCGGCGGCACCAACAGCGUCGCCAGCUACCUCGCGGCCUUCGAGGGCUGAAGGGCUGCACUCCAGCCACUUCGUUUCCAUCAUUGGUGUUAGCAGUAGACACCGGAAAAAUUCGCGGAUUCAUUUGGCGAUAGGCCCCGAAUAAAAUUACGUUUUUCCUUCAUGCUGCUUCGAUCUGGAGGACUCUGAGCCAAUGAAUUAUAAUUACUAGCAUUAUUGUUGACAAUUCUCACGAGUUAGUAGCCAAUGAGCAGGUGGUAUUUGUCCGAUGAUGUAGAGGAUUGUGGAGUCCGUCCUAGAGUUCAUAGAAAUCGCGAACUUUUCCGGUUCCUAGUUAUUAGGUAAAAGUUGGUGAAUAUAGUUCCAAAAAUCUGUAUGUUUUUUUUUUUUGAAAUAACCAAGACAAAGAGGCGAUGAUUUCUGUGUCCUAAAAAGUCAGGAAACACAAAAAAUUUUGUAUAUGGAAUAUGCUCAGCACUUUAUGACUUUUUCCCAAUAAACAUUUUUUUUUACCAGAAUAUAAUCUUACAGUAAUUUUUGAGUAACUGCAUGAUGUAUGCGUGUAGCUUAUAUGCACAACUGCGCAAUGAUAUUUCGUGUGUGUAUAGUGUUGAACAAAAUAUAUUCUGAUUUGUAUUUAAACCGCAAAUAAACAAAUAAAACUUCAAUCUCCUUAAUAUAAAGAAAA